AUUUAAGAAUAAAUAUUUUAGCUUAAAAAAAUGACCUACGCACAUAACUCAAAUCAUACAGAUAAUAAAAAAUACUGAGCAGGAUGCUCUUGGUUCAUGUCACUAGAAGGUUCUAAAGUAAGCCAAUUCCCACCGAGAUUUGCUAGUUCAUCACGGGUAUUUCCAGCUUCCUCACUAGUCUUUGGUAGGGGAGAAUCUAGAGCAAACAUUCCUCAAAAAGUUCAGGGUCCAUUUUGAUUCAAAACAAUAUGAAAUAUUGAUAUUACUGCAGAACAAGAGAGAGUUGCUAAGGAUGCUAAUGAAAGCCUGAUGAUUAAGCAAGAAAUGAUAUCUGAACAAUGAGGAUCCAGCAUGAAGAAAGUUUUUGAAUGACCAAUUUGAUACGAAGUAAUGGAUCCUGACAGAGCAAUUUCAAGUUCUUGCUGUGGACAAACAUGGUGCUUUCAAUGUAUUUUGAGAAUAUUGGAAACCUCAUUCAUAUGACCUAACUGCAAGAAGAAUAUAAAACAUCAAUUUCUUAGUAGAAAUAGAACUUUGCAAAGUAUGUACGACAUAAUCAAGGGUUUACCAAAAGUAAAAGGAAUAUGCAAAAUUCAUUCCAAAAAAUGCCUAGAAUACUGAAAAGAAUGUAGCGAAACAGUCUGCAUUACCUGAGCAGCUACAAGUCAUUCUGGACAUACGAUAAUAGAGGUUCUAACAGAAUACACCAACAUAGUUACUGAAUUUGGUCAAACAAAGGAAUUAUCUAAAAGCAUUAUAGAAAAGAACUUCAUAAUCAAAGAAAUGAUUCGAUAUUCUACUGAAAAGUCUGUAGAAAUAUAUGACUGAAUCCAUGAAGCGAUCAAUGACUCCCUUAAUCAAGCAAGGCAGGAGUUUGAUUCUAACUAUAUUUCAGUAAUGAAGGAUUGUAUUGGAGAGAUACAUAGGCAUCAGAAAGAUAUAACAAAAUUAGUGAAAGAUGGAAGUAAAAUUAUUAAAGAGCAGGAAGAAACUAAUAUUUGCAACCUUCUGAGUAUCAGAGAAAUAAUGAUGAAAUCUAAUAGACAAGUUGAUGCAAGCAACGCAGCUUACUUCAAGUUCAUUGAGGAACAUCCUGAAUUACAGGCUAAGAAGCAUACUUUUAAAGUAGAAAUUACUGAUAAGUUUUAUCAAAUAUUCUUUAGCCUAGAAUCAGAUGAUAUGGUCUGUGAACUGAAGCUUCCCUCAGAUUUGGCUACUGCAGAGAUUUUGAUACAAAGCUGGGAGUCACUUAAUGAUCAAGACUCAUCAUAUUUGGUAAUAUGCAAGAAGGAAGGAUUAUUUAAGUCACCUAUUACUCAAAAAGUGCUUUGUAUUUCAAAGAACGGAGACUGGACUAAAAUAGACUGCUCAUAUAUGCAGAGUUCUUUUAAGUUUUAUAUUACCUGCUACAAGAUAACUCCAGCAUUAGCACAGUUAAUUAAGACCUCAUUUAAUUCACUGAAGGAAAAGGUACAAAAUGAGUUAGAGAAAUUCCAAGAAUUAGUAAAUAACUUGUAAUCCAAUUUGUUUAACAACUUACGGG